AUGAUAUCAAAUUGGGCAGAAAUGAUUGAAAGUAAAUUACAAGAUCAAGAUAUUGAAAUAACAGAUUUAAUUAAUACUUAUAAUAUUUCAGUUGAUAAUAUUGAACAAUUGCAACAUUCUGCAAUUGAUUUACAAGCAAAAUGGCAAUUAAAAAAUAUUUUUGUAAAAAGUUUAGAAUUACCAAAUUAUUUAGAAGAUUUUAUUAUAGCAAUAUUACUAAAAGCAGAAGAAUUAUAA